CUGAAUCACCGAUGGUUGGAUGUGGGAGAGCCGGCUUAUGAAGAGAUGAAGGCAGGCACAGCGGCAAGCACGGGAUGCGAGAAGCUGAUGAACUUCCGCCCAAAAGCCAGGGAGCAAUUUGCGUGGUCAGAUACCUGUUGCAUCGACAGAAACAGCAGCACCAAGCUCGACGAGUCGGUUCGCUCCAUGUCCCGGUGGUAUCGCAAUUCGUACAUCUGGCACAAAGCAUGA